AUGGUGGAAUCCAAGGGUAAAAAAUCAGCUAUUGAUGAUAUUUUGGGAGAUCUCAGUAAAUAUUCUGCUCUGCAACAAUUAGCUUUGGGCACAGCAUGUGGGUGGUUUACUGGUUUUAUAACCAUGAAAGCUGGUAAACUUGCUGCAUUAACCUUUGGUGGUGGAAUUUUAUUAUUUGAAAUUGCACAUCACAAAGGUUACAUCAAAAUCAAUUGGGAUAAAGUAAUGAAAACAGCAGAUGAUGUCAUAGAUAAAAUCGAUGAAGAAGUUUCUGGGAAAAACAGUAGCGCAAUGGACAAGAUAUCGAAAUAUGUUGAUAGAAAAUUAGACAAAGCAGAAGAUGCAUUGAGAUCGAAUCAAAGACGUGUUAGAAAAUGGUAUCAUGCAUUUAUUAAUAAAAAUGGUCACACAGGUUACAACCUUCAAGAGCUUCACCUUUUCGUUGCAUCUUUUACUGCUGGUUUAGCUUUCGGUUUAGCCACUGCUUAA